CUCAGUCAGUCAGACGAGACUCCUCUUCUCCAGGCAGACAAGACACAAAAAAAGGAUUGUUUUUUUCCCCCUCAUCUCUGCUACUUUUAAAAAUACUUGGAGCUUACCUUUCGGACCGAAAAGGAGAAAGAAAAUGCGUCUCAUCCAGAAUAUGACCACCAUUGCGGAGUGUGCCGCCCCGCAGUUCUCGCCGGCUAACCGGGCUAUCAAGAUAGCAGUCAUAGGGGGCAGUGGAGUGGGGAAAACAGCGCUGGUGGUGAGGUUUCUGACAAGGCGCUUCAUUGGAGACUACGAGAGAAAUGCCGGUAACCUGUACUCCAGGGAGAUCCAAGUGGAUGGAGACAACCAAGUCAGCCUGCAAGUCCAAGACACUCCAGGUGCAGAGUUGACCGACCAAGGCAUCGUCCUUCCUGAUCAUGUGACCUGGUCCAUCCAAUGGGCCGACGCCGUGGUGCUGGUGUACUCCGUGACCGACCGCCGCAGCUUCGACUUGUUGCCCCAGUUGCACCAGCUUGUGGCCCAAACCGCCACCAACAGGGGAGGAGGCGCCGCCGCGCCGCCCGUCAUCCUGCUGGCCAACAAGACCGACCUCCUGCACCUUAGGCGUGUGGACCCCCAGCAGGGGCCCCUACUGGCCGCCACGCUGGGCUGCGCCUUCUACGAGGUGUCGGCCAGCGAGGACUACAGCCAGGUGCACGGCGCCUUCCACCGGCUGUGCUGCCAGCUCGCCAAGCAGCCAAUGGCCUCGCCGCCACCCGCCCCUGCCGAGAAGAAACGCUCGCCGCUCAUCCCCAGGCCCAAGUCGCCCAACAUGCAGGACCUGAAGAGGCGCUUCAAGCAGGCGCUGUCAGCCAAGGUCAGGACCGUGACCUCUGUGUGAGGGUGAGGACAGAGGGGGGCGGAGCUACAGGUGGUCUACGGCGGCCACGGGAAUGUUUUGAAGCUUCACAUGCGAAGUUUUGUGCUGGCAGAGGUGAGGUGAGGUGUCACGUCCUGCAGCAGCGAGGACGCUCAGCAGGUGUUGAGGACACAAACGCACCAUGAAAGAAGACAGUCUUCUGUUUAGUUGCCUUUGACGGCCUGAUGGUGGCGCCAGCACACACGAGAGCACAUGGACAUGGCGGGUGUUAGCAUGGCAGCGUUAUCACUGAUGCACUUUAAACAGGAAGUGAGGCCUGUUGUUAUUUAUUAUUUGUUGGCGAUUCACGUGGUUUGGUCACAAUAAAAUUAUGAUUUUGAA